GAGAAAAAAAAAAACCUUCAAAAAGUUUGAUUAUUCGAUUUCCUCCCAAGUCCCAACUCCUCAGCAGAAAACAGUAGUAGCAUUAAAGUUUAAAGGUCUCGGCUACUAAAACCCUGAGAGAGCGAAAGAGAGCCACAGUAGAAGAAAUGCUCUCGCGCUUCAUAUCAAAGCCCUUGCAUCAGAAUCUCCGUUUGAUCUCAUUCUUAAUCUCAUCUCAUCCCCACCCUCCUCCCACUCCUACUCAUUUCACUUCUCACUCUCCCCAAACCCAUUUGUCCCCAAACCCUAGUUCGUCUUCUUUCACGCAUUUCGUCAAACACUUCUCCACCAACAACAAAAACAACAAUGGGGAUAAGACUUCUUGGAAUUUUUCUUCCGAAAUCGAAGAUUCUUCAAGUUUUGGUGGGGUUUUAGAUACUGACGAGGCUGGGGGUGAUUUCUCUAAGCCCGGUGGCGCGGUUGGGAGAGAUUGGGUUAUUGAGAAGGAUGAGGAUGAUGAGGGGUUUGACUUGUUCAAAGAGGUUGAGGGGAGUGUUAGGGAGGUUCCUAAGCUGGGUACCGUGAAUCAAGUUUGGCUGGAUGACAAGGGUGAUGAUGAGGGUCUUGAUUUGUUUAAACAGGCUGAGGAGAGUGUUAAGGAGGUUGGGGGUCAUGGGGAGGAGGAGCAGGAGAAUUGGGCUACGGCCGAUGGGUACCAGCCGUGGGAUUUGGACAGUGAAGACAAAGGGGAUGACGUGUUUGGUUUAGGGGAGACGGAGAUGAGUGGGGGUGUGGAGGGAGAGGUUGGUGGUCAGGAAACUCAGAAGAGUAUAGAAGACAGGUUGUUACUCGAGAAAGAAGAGAAAGAGCUUUCCGUUGUGCUUAAAGGUCCAGAUCGUGCUUUUGGUGACCUGGUUGCCACAUCUGGAAUCACAGAAGAAAUGUUGGAGAGUUUGAUUGCACUAAAGGAUCUGGAAGGAAUUCAAGGACUACCUCCUCUAAGCGAGAUCGAAGAUAUUCGUUAUGAAAAGAAUACUAGGAAAUCUUCUAGGGCUGAUAUAGAGCGUCUGAAGCAGGAAGAAGUUGCCAAUGCACGAGUGAGGCAAGUGGAUAGUAAGGGAAGGGCUUAUGGAACAGGAAAGCGGAAGUGUAGCAUAGCUCGUGUUUGGAUUGAACCUGGAGAGGGUAAAUUUGUAGUCAAUGACAAACAAUUUGAUGUCUACUUUCCUAUGCUUGAUCAGCGGGCUGCUCUUCUUCGUCCUUUCACUGAGACAAAGACUUUGGGUCUUUGGGAUGUCAACUGUACCGUGAAGGGAGGUGGUAUCUCAGGUCAGGUGGGUGCAAUUCGCUUGGGUAUUAGCAGGGCAUUACAGAAUUGGGAGCCUGAUCUACGUCCUCCACUCAAGGAAGCUGGGUUCUUGACAAGGGACUCCAGAGUAGUCGAACGGAAGAAACCUGGCAAAGCGAAAGCUAGAAAGAGCUUCCAAUGGGUCAAGCGUUGAUCAAAUAUUGCAAAUAAUUGAUAUGCCUGUUAAAGUCUUGUGGUGGAUAUUUUGAUGAUGACUCAUAAGGUGAUAGCUGAUGGCCAACAGAUAAAGCAAAUGACCUUUACGGAGACGAUUAUUAGCACCAUUUCCAAGUAUCUUCUUGAUUUCCUUUUUUACGGUGGAUUAUAUGAAAACUGGAAAGUUGUAGAAGCCACUGAACUUCACAUCUUGUUCUUCAUAAUUAUACGUAAGCAUCCUUUGUUUCCUUGACAUUGCAGAGAGGAACAUGAAGCUAAGAAUGAUAUUCCUACAAAUUUUGAAUUGGGCUAGUUGUGUAGUUGACGCAAGAGAAUAUGUUUUGAAAAUCACCGAAAGAGUUUCAAACAAGUAAACCUUGUUUUUGAAAUGAGAUACAGUUCGGUUAUAUAUGUUUUGCGUAGUUGGCGGAUGAGAAUGUCGCCUUUAAAUAAGAUUAAUGCUCUUUAUGCAA